AAGCCUAAAAAGAAUAAAAUCGAAAUCCUAUGGACUAAACAAAGCCGCGCGCACCAGAAGAUAGAACAGUGUUGUCUCUGCUGCCCUAGCGAUUCGGGUACCUCGCGAGUUCUCGCUACUUCGAUUAUCACCAUUUCUCUUCAAUUUGUUCAUGGUAUUAAUGAUUAUAAAGGGGUUGUUUAGAAGGUAUGAGAGAUGGAAUCCUGUGCAUCCUACAUCGGGAGCUUUUUGGGGCAUGGGAAUAGGUGUUGGGUGUGGCAUUGGAUGGGGCCCGGGGUUUGGCCCUGAUGUCAUUGGAUAUGUUGGUGCCGGUUGUGGAGUCGGAUUUAGUGUCGGAAUCACUCUUGCCGGAGUCGGAAUAGGUCUUCCUGCUAAUCGCAUCCUCAAAGUUCCUUUUAGUGCUUUUAUGGCCACAAGAAGCGGUGCAAUGGACUUUGCUCGAUCUAAUGGUCUUCUUGGGACAAGCAGUGCUAACGAUGAUAUAUCGGGCAUGGAAAGUUGUUGACAAUGGCUGAGAUGCAGAUUGAGAUUGAGAUUGAGAUUGAGAUAGAGAUUGAGAUUGAGAUUCCACAGGCUUUCUUGAACGGUUUCUACCACGAUGCAUAUGGCGUUCACAGUAUUUGGAGUCUGGAUACGCGUCUUUUGAGCAUCUCCAUUUCUUCCCAUCUGUUCUCCUACAUCUCCCUGGCUCUGGAUCAAAUUUCUUCCCGUAGUAUGAACAGUAGCUCAAUGCUUCAAAAAGGUUAAGAUUAGUCAGAAUUACACAACAAGAAACUGAAAUCAGAUUCUGAUUCAAUCAUCCGAUUUAGAUAUAUGAUAUUGGAUGAUUGUAUUUCAUAUAUAUUGGAGAUUGGGAGUAUGUUUGGUGUUGUAGAAUCAAAUCGAAACUUAUGAGAAGCUUUUGAAACUUCAACCUAAUAGAAGAUCGGGAAGAAGAGAAAUGAAAGGAAUAAAGGAUAAAUCUAAAUCCGACUUCGUUAAACUUCAAUACAGAAAUCAGAAAUGGAUCUUAUGUUGUACAGGGGUUGAUUAUCGAAAGCAUUUAAUGGAACAACUUGAAUUUUGUAGCAAAUCAUAAUCGAUUUCCCCAAUCUGAAAAGCAAAACCUUUGAAAUCGAAAGUCAAAGUCGAGGGUAUCUAUCGAAACAAAGUCGUUGAGUAAAAACUGAGAACGUAAACAUGAUUCGGAGAUUUGUGAACUUACAAGUAGGAUUAGUGAAGAACCUAGCAGAUAAAGCUUCGAGGCUUCUUCUAAUUGGAACAACGAGAUCAUAAGGUACAGGAACUCCUGCGACUAAGUAUUUGUAUAUCAGAGCUUGAUGUUCCAGCUCCUGCCACUGCACCGGCGUGAACGGCGGACGAUAUCCAGAUAUUCCACCGCCACCGCCACCGCCGCCCGCUACCGCCACUGUCGUGCUGCCACUCAUCUCCUUUACUGUGUUGUCGUUUUUCAAGGAAAAUUAACUGCAACAAAACUGCAGAUAUGUUUAUAUAAAUGUUGCAGGGAACAUAUACGUGUAUGGAUGGGGAGAGAGAGAGAGAGAGAGAGAGAGAGAGAGAGAGAGGGGGGUUACCUUUGAAGGGGCAGAUCUAGGGUUUGGCCAUGCGUGGUAAGAAAGGAAUUAGGAUGUGGGGAUGAAAUGGUUGGCAUGAGCAUUCAUUUACAUAUUCUUUUUAUUUUCUUACUUUCUUUGAAGAUAAACAUUACUUUCUUUGAAAACAUUUGAGGAUUUAUAUGUAUAUGAUUAUUCAUUUAUUGUUUGA